AUGGUUGUGGAAGUGGAAAGCUUCUUUGGGGUGUACAUGCUGUAUUGCACCAAUCCCAAAUUUAAAGGCAGGAUUUACAUCGGAUUCACAGUGAACCCCGAGCGGCGCAUUGGACAACACAACGCUGGGCGACACCGCGGAGGGGCCAAAAGGACCAGCGGCAGAGGACCUUGGGAGAUGGUUCUUAUAAUCCACGGCUUUCCCUCUGAUAUUGCAGCUCUCAGGUUUGAGUGGGCCUGGCAGCAUCCUCACUCCUCCCGGCGUCUCUCCCACGUGUCCCGGCGUUCACGCCGUGAGUCCAGCUUAGAGUUCCACUGGCGUGUUGUCUCUCACAUGCUGCGGGUGGCGCCAUGGAGCAGGCUGCCUCUCACCUUACGCUGGCUCAAACAAGAGUACAAGCUGGACUUCGCGCCUGGCCUUGAGCCUCCGUUACAUAUGCCCCUUGCUUUUGGCUGCGUACGAGCCAAGAAAAAGCAACAACCGCUGCCUGAGUCAGAGCCUUGUGAGAGGGAGGAAAGAGAGUCAGCUAGGUGCUUACUCUGUCAUGAACCUGUGAGGCCGGCAGAAAAACUGUGCUGCUUCCAGCCCUCCUGCAAAAUGACCUGCCACCUUAUUUGCUUGGCCAAACAUUUUCUGAAAUUAGAGCCGAGCCAACUCCUCCCUGUGGAAGGGGAGUGUCCUGGGUGCCAUCAGUCAGUGCUCUGGGGAAGUCUGAUUCGUCAUAAAAACGGCUGCUAUGGCGACCUAGAGGAAAUCUCCUCACCAUCCUCGCCUCAAAGCCACUGGACAGAUGAGCUCCAACUCUGA